AGCCUGCACAGCCACCCCAGAUGAGUGGGAGGGAGUGAGAGAGCCAGAAGGAGAAAGAGUGAGAGAGAGGAGAGCGGGACUGGGGCCGCUGCCAGGGCUAGGGCCGGAGUAGGGUCAGCAUCAUCGUAAGGCCAGAGAGCUGAGCCCUAUGAAGAGUUCCUAUCUGGUUCGUGCCUCCCGAAGCGCAGAGCCCGGGGCGCCCGGCCUGCGGGGAGUAGCCCCAGCCCGGUCCAGGACCGAACCGUCAAGGGAAUCGAGAACUCAGGAGUCCGGGAUCCUGAGAAGCACAUCGUUCAAAGAACCAAUAACCCAGGCAUCGGGGAUCUGUGAGUGCCGAGUAGUCAGGGCUAAUUGAGGACGCAGGUCUCCAGGUCCGUGGGCACCGAGCCGUCGGGGGCUGCCCCGGUACCAAGCUUCUUGGCAGCUGCUUUAAGACCCACUUUCGGAGUCGGAAUCACUGCUGCUGAAAGCCGCUGGGGCAAAAGGGCAGAGGAAACCGUCGGGUGAUAGUAAUUCCGGCCCAGGCUCUGAUACUGCCCCAGACUGUUGUUGACUCCAAAGCUCAAGGAGAAUCCAGGGUAGCUGCCGCCGCAACCAUUGCGCCCAAGAGCGAAGAGGACCUCUUGGCCCUGGCCGCAUCCCGCCUAAGCCGCCGCAAGCGGGUGGUGGGCGCGGCCGUCGGGGUAGCCAUGGUACUGUUGCUACUUGUGGCCAUCCCGCUGCUCGUGCACAGCUCCCGCGGGCCCGCGCACUACGAGAUGCUGGGCCGCUGCCGCAUGGUUUGUGACCCUCACGGGCCCCGCGGCCCAGAUCCCGACGAGUCACCCGCUUCUGUACCUCCAUUUCCUCCAAGAGCCAAAGGCGAGACUGGCCGGAGGGGCAAAGCUGGGCUUCGAGGACCCCCUGGUCCGCAGGGUCCAAGAGGUCCGCCAGGAGAGCCCGGCAGACAAGGUCCUCCUGGACCCCCAGGCCCAGGCCCCGGAGGCUCAGUGCCUGCUGCCUACUCUCCUCGGAUCGCCUUCUAUGCUGGGCUGCGCCGGCCUCACGAAGGCUACGAAGUGCUGCGCUUCGACGACGUGGUGACCAACGUAGGCAACGCAUACGAGGCGGCCAGUGGCAAGUUCACCUGUCCCAUGCCUGGUGUAUAUUUCUUUGCCUACCACGUGCUGAUGCGCGGAGGCGACGGCACCAGCAUGUGGGCAGAUCUGAUGAAGAACGGGCAGGUCCGGGCCAGUGCCAUCGCCCAGGAUGCGGACCAGAACUACGACUACGCCAGCAACAGCGUCAUCCUGCACCUGGAUGUGGGGGAUGAGGUGUUCAUCAAACUGGAUGGUGGCAAGGUGCACGGCGGGAACACCAAUAAGUACAGCACCUUCUCUGGCUUCAUCAUCUACCCGGACUGAGCCUUCUCCUGACCCCACCCUCACUGAACCAUCAGGGCUGAGCCCUUUCCACAGCUGUUCCAUGCCCAUAUCUUAUUCCCUUUGCUUAAUUAGGCUGCCAGGUCACACAGUCCCUGCUUCUAUUCCCACCCCACCCCCCAACUCCAGACAUAAACUUACAAACUGAAAGCUUCUAGGGGACCAGCUAAGUCUCAGGGUGGCAGAGAGAUACAAUUUGGGGAGUAAUCAUUAUAGAAUCAAGGAUUACAGCACAAAGGUGGCUCUUGGGCCACAAAGUGGAGUUAGUCUGGCCCUAGGUCCAAGGGAGGGUUCAGAGCCUGAUUUUCCUCAAAGGAAGGACAGGCAGAAAGGAAAGCAAUCAAUAGGCAAGGAGAUAAUGAUAUACAACUACUAAACACCAGCUAUUGGACACCAGCUUCUGGGAAGAUAGGGAAGGGAAUCCAGAGCAGAUCUGGACUACAUGAAGUGUUCCAAAGAUAUAGCUAGGCCUUGAGCUGGGAUGCUGGUCUUCUCCCCUCCUCUCUAACCACUUCCCCAUUUCUAGAAGGUUGAGGCUGGAUAUAGCUAAUCUUCAGUCCUUAUGCAACUGUCUUGUAUCAGUAAAGUGAAGGAGCAUUUUCUGGCAUUUUAAACCCAAAUUAUGCCGCCCCAUCCCUACCCUACCCUACAAUUGAACUGAGUCCUAGGAAUUUACUGUUGUCUCUUCUAAUAAAACAAGGUUUGGGACAUGUA